CGUUUCGUUGCGAAUGACAAAACGGGUCGAGCGAGAAAAUGGCGUAGAAGUCGAGGAAAAUUCGUUUCGUUCAUGGAAAAACUGAAGAAAUACGGAAAACAUAGUAAAAAUUAAAAAUAGGUUAACUAUCCUGUGAGCAGAGAUGUUUCCUGGUGGUAAUGGCAACGCCGAUUUGGGCUACAACAAGCACGCCCACGUUCAUGGACACGGACAUGGUCACGGACACAAUCAGUUCUUGGCGCAACCCCCGCCGCCGCCCACACACUUUUCUUUGCCACGGGGAGGUCAGGGCUUGGUCACGCCGAUGGUGGCCACAGGAAUCCCACUCACCAUGCCAGGUGGACCUGGUAUCGAUUGGGCACAGCUUGCCCAGCAAUGGAUUCACAUGCGAGACGCUGCUCCGGUCGCAAUGCCUGUGGCCCCCCCGCCGCCUAUUAUAGGAAAUGUGCGAGAGUUCCACAACCAGGCGCUAGCGAUGCCGCUGCCCAGUGUGAUCAGAGCGGGUCAUCCUCAGCUGCAGGAGCACGGGGAGGCGGAUAUGGAUAUGGACGACGAGAAUGAGCGAGGUCAUGGAGCUGAAUCGCCUCCACCGCCGGCUCCAGUUGUUACACAAUCCCAAUGGAUGGCGGCCAGCGAGGCGCCGGCCCCGGUCGUUGACAGCAUCGGCGGAGCGGCUGUUACGCUGGGCAAGCAGCCAUGGAACAACUGGCAGCAAGGCAAAUCGGCGGGCAAUCCAACGGCGCAUAUACCUUCGCUGCUCAAGCUAAACGUCAGCAAUCCCAAUGAGCCGCAGCAACAGCUGCAGUUGCAGAUGCAGGCGCAGCAGCAUCAACAGCCAGCGCAUCCACACCAUCCACAAGCACCGCAGCCACAUCCACAUCACUUACCACCACAUACACAGCAUCAACAGCAGCAGCAGGCGCAGCAGGAAAGCGGAAGUGGCAGUGCAAGCAGUGAAAUUGAUGCCAAUAAACGCAAAAUGUUGCCAGCUUGGAUAAGGGAGGGCCUCGAGAAAAUGGAGCGCGAAAAGCUGCGGCAGCUAGAGCGCCAGCAGCCCUCCAAUGCGGCGACAGAUGACGAGGUCAACCAAGUUAAGCAAGUAUCAAGCAAAACACUAACAACACCUGUUAAUCUAUUGAACAUCGCGAACGUGGCUAGCGACAGCGAAGAUUCCGUCGACUUGCCUGGGGAGGCGCAUGGAGAGCUGAAGGACCAGCAGAUAGGUAAUGAAUUAAUAAGUAAGGAUGGCGGCGAUGUCAGCAGCAGUGAUGAACGAGAAGAGGAGCAGCAGGGAGGUCCCAUCGAAAGCGGAAAUCGGGAGGCGGCGGAGCAUGUGAAAGCGGCUACCGAAAACGAUGUCAAUGGUAAAAACUACGAAGAAAGAUUGGCGGAUCUGAUGCUUGUGGUCCGUCGGACACUAACCGAAAUCCUGCUGGAAACCACAAACGAAGAGAUUGCAGCCAUUGCAGGCGAGACUCUGAAAGCACACCGUGCGAAAGCGUCAUCAGCCCAAGUGAUUCGCAAAAGCGCCUUGUCCUCCAUUACCGGCAACUUGGGUUUAGCUGCCUAUGGCGAUUCUUCCAGCGAAAGCGAAGAGGAUGAGGACGAUGAGGGCGAGCGCCAAGCGGAUGCAGGAAAGGAUGCCGACAAAAGCGUGCUACUAAGCGCGGAGGAGUUGAAGGCUCGCAUACGGCGCAGCAAACGAUCCUUCGAGAGAGUCAUUGACGACAUUGAAGAUCGAGUGGCCAAGCAAGAGCAGCUUGAUGAGCAAACCCUGCAGCGACAUCGCAGGCGGGAGCUGGAGCGCUCUGGUGCGACAGCUGUUGACCACCGACGAUCGCCGGUCACUCACGAACUACCUGGUGAAUCGGUCAGUCAACCAUCCCACGAAAAGCCGCAGCAAUUCAACGGUAAACGACCCAGUCGCAAGGAGCGCACUACUCGCUUCAGCGACAAUAAGGACGGCAAGCAGCAGUCGCAUAGCUACGUGCAACAAGUGGUGGCAGCAGCAGCUGUGGCGCCACUGGGCAGCCUGACCACUAGCACAGGGUCUCAGAAGCUUAAGCCCGUUCCCAAUCCGGCCACCAACCUGCUGCAGAUGCCCGAAUCGGUGGCCACCAUGCUGAGUGCGGCUGACAAGGCGCUGCACAAGGCGAACAAGUCGUCGCGCAAGUCGAAGAGCAAGCGCCGCCACUCGUCCACCUCGUCCUCCUCCAGCAGCAGCAGUGGGAGCAGUUCGAGCAGCGACAGCGACGACAGCAGCAGCAGCUCCAGCGGAUCCAAGACGUCCAGCAGUCGCGGCAAGCGAGUCAGUCGCCAUGGACAUGGUCGCAGCCACGGCAGCAGUCGGAGCAAGUACGAGCGCCGCGAUCGGGACAGAGAAAGGGAACGGGAUCGGGAUCGUGGACGUCGCCAGGAUCGCAGUCAUUACAGUGGUGGCAGCAGUGGUGGAAGUCAUCGGCAGCGUCAUCGGCGGCGAUCUCGGGACUCGCACUCCGGCGAGGAUACAGGCGGUCGCAGUAGCUACCACCGCUCCUCGCGAAAGAGCAGCAGUCGCAGCCACGAUCACGGCGGCGGCGGCAGCAGCAGCAGCGGGCGAAAGCGACACCACACAAGAUCCCGCUCCAAGUCGCGCAGCACCCACCACUCCAGCUCCAAUGCAUACUCCUCCUCUUCUUCCGCGUCGCAUCCGCGCAAGCGCCACUAAGAUUACGACUACAGCUAAUUGUUACACUGUGUAAUUAUAUUUUUUCUUCUGUUUAAGAUGCUUUUAGUAAACAGUUUUAAUCCAGCAUAAUAAAUUCGGAUUUCCAACGAA